CUCUCUAGCAUGUUUCAAUGCUUUUCCUAAGACCUUUGUUUCCGAAAAAGACUUAUCCUCAAACACCAGCUGAUUUCUACUUGAUUGCUACCAGUUCACAUGUUCGUAUAGACAUUAAAGGAUAAAAGCACAAAGGACACCAAUUCACAUGUUCGUAUAUGUCUUCUUUAUCUUGAUUGCUACCAAUAUGAAAUCAAAAUAACUUAGACCACUUGCUUGACAUGUAGUAUUUAUUUUCUCAUAAGAUUUCGUGGUUUGAAACUUUUGAUGUCAAAGAAAUUAGAUAAACGACAUUGACAUAGGAGUUAGAGCUGAAAACCCUAAGAACUAGUACUCUAGACUCUAAUAGCCAAAUUUAUGUCGCAUGAAGUUUUAUUUCUCAUAAACAUUAUAUAAUCUUGAUAGAAAAUAUUACAUAUAUUUGUUUACUCUACUAGGUGAUUAAUAUGUAUAUUAAAGUAUGGUGCAUGGAACAUCAUUGGGAAUUGCAUGUAGUGGGCAGUACAAUGUGAGACCACCUUCAACUUUUUUGACUUGGAUGAGAACACAUUCCUCUCGGACUAGUACGCAUCACAUAUCAUAUGUAUGUAAAUAUACCGCUAGUUACAUAAAAAAAAACAAUAUAUACUCACGUAUUACUGAUAAUAACUAUACAAUAUAACAUAUCAUUCAUAUAUAUAUUUGGUUUUAAUCAGGUAUUGGCUUUAGAAAUGGUAAAAUACAUAUUUUUUAGAAAUAGUAAAAUACUAUGUAAGUUAGAUGUGAAAAUUGUUAUCUAAUAAUCUUGGAUGAAUCCAAGUAACAAACGCCAACGUAUACUUUGACUUUGAGGCUAACUCGAUCUUCAUUCUUUUUUGUUUCUUUAAAGUUUACAAUUGAAUUUGAAACUGUGAUAUAAUAUUGUACGUAUUUGUGUGUUGUGUAGUAGAGAGACUCUUGUUUAUAAAAACAAUGUUUGGUUUAUUUGAAUUGUCAUUUUAUUCUUUGGAUCUCUAGUCUUCGUUUAGCGACUCGUGCAUGUCUUCCUCAAAAUCGUCACCCGCUAGUACACCUUUUUUUUGUAACUCAACCCCUAAUAUACUUCACGAACAAAAAACUCACAAUGAUAUACAUAUACUUCUCUAUGCAAAGGGUCCAAGACACUUAAAUCAAAAAUUUUAAGUUACCCCACUGCACUUUUUGAUUCAUUUUGUAUAACUAUUUUGUUGUGGAAAAAAUUAUUCAAAUGUAAAAUAUGAAAACGCGUUAGAUAUAACAGACUAAUAGACAUAUAUAAAAUUCUAUCAAUAUAAAUACUUUAGAAUUCUAUAAUAGGAGAACAGCUCAGGAAAUUGUCAGCGAUCAAGCUUAAAAAUUUUCUGAUUAAAUGAUGCAUUCCUUGUAAAAAAAGAACCAUUUUUCUUUUGAGUUUAAUAUUUAUUGAAAAAAUAAUUCUAUAAUACAAACACCUGACUUAUACAAGGAAUUAAGUACAGUUUCAUAGACAGUUGAGUUAUUGAUUUCAAAUAAUAAAUCCUUAAAAAAGGUUCCACUCAAUUUUAUAAUCACCACUGCCGACCAGCCUCCUUUAUCGAGUGACAGCUUUUUGGAAAAUUUCCGUUAAUUCAUGAGCUUUUCAAUAUGUUCACACAAUAAUAUAAGAAAAUAUUAGAUUUAAAUUUUGCGGCUAAGUUCAGAUAAUCGUUCGAGAACUGAUCACAGGCUAACAUGUACUCACAUCAGAAGAAAUCAAACUUUACUCAACCCACUGCAGGCUACUGAACAUAAUAUAUACCACAUUUAAUCAACAACCAAAUCAGUAUAUAACUACUGAAGAUUACAUAUAUGUAAAUGCAUAUGUAGCCCUAUCUAGUUUAUUAUAUUAGGAUUGAAAAAACGAUCAAAUCUUAUUUAAAAAAAUCACUCUCUUUCAAAUCCCAAAAACAAAAGCAUGCAUUUCGUAAUAAACAACGCACUGAUUCUGUUUUAUUUCUUCUACAUCUAUCAUACACAACACUAAGUAAACGACACAAAACUUAGACUUAUUUAUUUAAUUAUUAUCGUUAUUGUAUCCUUUCGACUGUUUUUGUGGGACAAAUUGUAUCCUUUUGAUUGUUAUAAAAUAACAAAACAUAUAUACAAAAAUUCAAAAAAGAACACCAUCAAAUCAUGUCUAUAUAUUCAAACCCUCAUACAUUCACAUCUCUAAGUCCAUCAUAACACACCUAAUCUCAUAUACAAAAACUUAUUCAAACCAAACAUUAAUAUUUGUAUUGAAAUAAUUGGAAGGAUUCUCCACUAAAGCUAGAGGCUUAGGUAACAAUAACAACAUGGGAGGUGGAGGAACAGGGACUAAGUGUGGACGGUGGAAUCCAACGGUGGAGCAAGUGAAACUUCUGACGGAUCUGUUCAAGGCGGGGCUACGAACACCAAACACCGACCAGAUUCAAAAAAUCUCUACGGAGCUGAGUGCCUACGGUAAGAUCGAGAGCAAGAACGUGUUCUAUUGGUUCCAAAACCAUAAAGCUAGGGAAAGACAAAAGCGCCGUAAAAUCUCCACCGUCGAUUACGAUCAUCGUCAAGACACAAAUCUCUCUCUUUCUUAUCGACACAACCCAUGUCAUCACCAAACACCACCUAAAGAUACUUUUGAAGGCCGUGAAGAAGAGGAGAAUGUGAUAGAGACAUUGCAACUCUUCCCAUUAUCGAAGGUUGAAAGAGCUAAUAUUACUGCUGCCAGCUACAACGAAUACAUAAGAGAGCAUGUCAAUACGACGGUGUUUUCCACAUACUCAUCAUCAUGCGGAGCUGAGAUGGAACAUCCGCCGUUGGAUCUUCGACUAAGCUUUCUAUGAAUGUGUUUUCAUUUUAACGACUAAUGGAAGCCAAAAAAAAACACGAGACCCAAAUUUGCGGGGAGUUAUAUGCGAAGAACUCGAUCAGAAGAUGAUGUGCUGGAAUUAACAUUGGUGUCAAAACUCAAAAGAAUAUCCAUGAAUAAAAUAUCAAAUAUUUUCGGUUUAAUGGAUUAGCUAGGUUGGUGUAGCACUUUAGAAGUUGUAGUGACAUCUAGCUAUCAUGCGACUGGGACGAGGAAACUCGUACUUGUAACAACCCUAUAAUUAUAAUCGUAUCUUGAUCAGGCAUUACUAUUAUGUGUUUUUUUUUUUGCUAAACCAUUAAUUAACCUUGUUACACUUUUUUUUUGGAUCCGAUUGGUAUUCUGGAAACAAGAGGAACGACUAAAAAAUGAAAGUAGAAAAAUAAAAUUGCAGGAAUGCAAAUGAAUGGUUGUUCCAUGUCAUAUUUAACAAAGAUAACUUUGUUUUUUUAUUUUUCUACAAAAAAAGAAUGGUAGAUAAUGCGUUAUUUCUCGUCGUUCCAUUUAUAACUACGUUUUAUUCUAUGUGUACAAUUUAUCAAAAAUUACAAGAGAAUAUCAUUAAAAAAAAAGAUUACAAAAAACACAUUGCAAUAGGUUGAAAAUACUCUAGUUAAUUAAAUCUUUUGGCAUAUAAA